AUGUCACUCCCAAAACUCCUCCAAAACCUCAGAACUGUAAAAAGAUGCUCCUUUCCAAACCCUUUGUCCAUAAACCCCAAAACCAAAAUUGCAGAAACCAUCAUUUCCACCAUUUUGAUCUCUUCUUCAUCGGAUGUCCAAACCCCGGCAUUCAUCAGCAGCACCACAACCCUCCUCUCCAAGCUUACCCCCAAUUUAGUCCACCUCAUUCUCACUGACCCUCGUAUUGCAUCCCCCAAAUGUCUCGAUUUCUUGUAUUUCCUCAUAAAGCACCAAUCUUUACUGUCUUUCCAGCUAAAUUUUCAGACCCAUUUGACCCUUUUGAGCAGGCUUGUGAAAUCAAGAAAAUAUGAUGAUGCUGAGAAUCUUUUGGGGGUGCUUUUGGUCCAUGACAGUGUAAGGUGUCCGUUUUCAGUCAUUUGUUUAUUCUUUCAUGAUGAUUAUGCUAAACCUUAUGUUCGUGCCAAAGUUUUUAACUUGAUGAUUAAAGUGUUUUCGGAUAUUGGGGAGUUUGAUAGAGCUUUGGAGAUUUUUGAUUAUAUGAAUAGCAACGGUAUCGAGAUUAAUGAGAGAACUUGCACCAUUUGCUUGGUGGAACUUAUGAAAUGCGAUCGAUUUGAUUUAGGAAUUGAGUUUUUCUAUCGAAUUGUCGAUUCCAGUGUUAAGGUUUCAGUGUUUUCAUUGACUGUGGUGGUUGAUGGUUUGUGUAAGAUGGGUUGGAUUAAAAGGGCUAGAGAAUUAGUGGAGGAAAUGGCUGGGUUUGGAGUCAGGCCUAAUAUUAUUACAUGUAACACUUUGGUGGAUGCUUGUACCAAGAGGUGGAACUUCGAUGAAUUGGAUAAGACCUUGGUGUUAAUGAGAAGAGAAGGUGUUGACUUCAGUGUUGAGACCUAUAAAUUUUUGAUAGAUGGAUUUUCAAGUUCAGGAAGAAUUGAAGAUUCUGAGAAAAUGAUUGCUGAGAUGCUUGAUAAGGGAUUCAAAGUGGACGCCUACACAUGCAAUUUGAUUAUGAAUGGCUAUUGUCGAUUAGGUAAUGUCGAACAGGCCUUUGCAUUCUUCUGUAUUAUGAAGAAUAGAGGUAUUUGUCCAAAUUCUGAUUCGUAUGGAAUUUUGAUGAGUGGCUUGAGCAAGUUUGGGAAAAUGGAUGCUGUGAAACAACUCGUUGCUGAAAUGCAGAGUGCUGAAUGUGAAAUUGACGUUGGCUCGUCUGAUAUUUUGAUUAAUGCAUACUGCAAGCAAGGAAAGGUAGUUGAAGCUUUUGCUUUCCUAAAUCUAAUGGAGAAGAAAGGUGUCGAAACUGAUUUUUCUGUAUAUGAGAUGGUGCUGAGUGGCCUUUGUAAGUCAGGUCAAACUGAAGAAUCAAAGUUACUAUUUAGCAAAUUGGUAAAAAGAGGAUUGGCAUCGCAGUUGUCAAGAUCCAUUUCAUUGGCUGAGACGCUGUCAUCACGAAAUCUUGAUCCUCAUGUUGAAAUUUCAACAGAUAAAGAUACAGAAACCAAACCUAGUACUGAUUUAUACACUGAUCUCAUAAACAUCUUACGAUAUGGGAAAUAA